UCUUCGAUCCCCGCUCCCUCGUACGUCCCACCACCAUGAGCGAGAGCAAGGGCCCUGGCAUAACCUGCCGUCGCCGCGGCAGCUCCCUGCCAGACGACGACGAUCUCCUUUGGGAGAUCCUCCUCCGCCUCCCGCCGCAGCCGUCAUCUCUCCCGCGCGCCUCCGCUGUCUGCAAGCAGUGGCGGCGCCUCGUCAUCGACCCCAGGUUCCUCUGCAGCUUCUACGUGCACCACCGGAAGCCGCCCCUUCUUGGCUUCUUCGGGUGCUACCACAACGUCGUGUUCACACCGGUCCUUGAUGCUCCCGACCGCAUCCCUCCUAAACGCUUCAACCUUGGACGCUACAGCUGCAGCCACAACCACGGUGCACUUGGCGGGACCCCCCACAAGAACUACGUGCUCGGAUGUCGCCACGGUCGUGUCCUCAUCAUUGACUCUGCAUCCAUGGAGAUCGUCGUGUGCGCCCCUGUCACUCACGAGCAGCGCCGCGUGGCCAUUCCGCCUAAGUUCAAAAAGGUUUUACACUACGUUAACGGGGCGGUGCUCUGUGCUGCCCGCAACCAGGGCCACGUGCAUGGCGGCUGUCACUCCAGCCCUUUCAAGGUCGUCUUGGUGAUCAUGUACAGCGAGGACAAUCAUCGACCCCUUGCAUGUGUUUAUUCCUCUGAAACCGACACAUGGGGCAAUCUCAUCUCAACGUCCGUUCCAUGUGUGGUUAUUGAUGCUUAUAGACCGGGGUCACUCGUUGGUAAUGCACUCUAUUGGUUGGAUACUAUGACAAAUGGCAUGCUUGAGUUUGAUUUGAAAGAUGAGAGUCUAGCUAUGAUCAGUGGUCCACCGGUUGCAGAUCACUCCAGCCAUAGUCAGAUCAUUCAGGGUGAGGAUGGCGCUCUUGUCUUUGCCAUAUUGUCUUAUCCACGCUUCUAUAUGUGGAACAGGAACAUCAAUGAUCACGGUGUUGCCACGUGGGUGAUGUGGAAGACCGUUGAAAUGCACAACAUUCUUCGGCCCCCUCUUCAGACUGAGAGAGGGGUGAGAGGGGCAAAAACUAUACUGGGAUAUUCGGAGGAUACUGAUGUGAUUUUUAUAUAUGUGAACGGUAGUGUCUACAUGGUUCAUCUUAAGUCAAUGCAAUCCAAAAACCUUCAUGAAACAAGCUAUAUCACUGACUACCAUCCUUUCACAGCUUUUUAUUCCCCAGGGAUAACCAAUGUUGGUGGAUGUGAUGGAGCUGAAGUCUUGCACGAUGCAUUGGGAUAACAAUCUGCUUUGAGUUGCUAAUGUGUUGAAACGUUUCAAUAGGCACAUUGGACAGUCAAAUCUAGCAGCUGGAGUCUUUGAAGCCUUGUUGACUGGCCUAUAUUGCCAUCAACUCUGGUGAUCAAGAUGUACGUCUUGGCUGUAGGCUACUGUGCUACGGCCUAAAGUUUGGCAACAGAAAAGUCACAUUCUAAAUCCAAAUUUGGCGAUGUGUAGGUUUAAUAAUUCAUAUUUGAAAUUUUUUUCACUUUAUCUUGUACAUCCACUUACAGGAG